AUGAAGGGCCGGCGGCGGCGCCGCCGAGAGUACUGCAAGUUCGCGCUGCUCUUGGUGCUGUACACAUUGGUGCUGCUGCUCGUCCCCUCCGUACUGGACGGCGGCCGCGACGGCGACACGGGCGCCGGGCACUGCCCAGGCCUGCAGCGCAGCCUGGGAGUGUGGAGCCUGGAGGCGGCGGAGGCUGGCGAACGCGAGGAGGGCGCAAAGGCGCGGUCCGCCGCUGAGGGGGCCACGGGCCAGUCCCCCGGCUCCCCGGUCAACCUCAGUGUCGCCGUCGGGGAGGCGGUGUCUCACGAGAAGCAGCACAUCUACGUGCAUGCCACCUGGCGCACCGGCUCGUCUUUCCUGGGUGAGCUCUUUAACCAGCACCCGGACGUUUUCUACUUGUACGAGCCCAUGUGGCAUCUAUGGCAGGCUCUUUAUCCGGGUGACGCCGAGAGUCUGCAGGGCGCGCUGCGCGAUAUGCUGCGCUCGCUCUUCCGCUGUGACUUCUCGGUGCUGCGGCUGUACUCGCCGCCGGGGGACCCCGCCGCGCGCGCCCCGGACGCUGCCAAUCUCACCACGGCCGCCCUCUUCCGCUGGCGGACUAACAAGGUCAUCUGCUCCCCGCCGCUGUGUCCCGGCGCGUCCCGUGCCCGCGCCGAGGUGGGCCUCGUCGAGGACGCCGCCUGCGAGCGCAGCUGCCCACCCGUGGCGCUACGCGCCCUGGAAGCCGAGUGCCGCAAGUACCCGGUGGUGGUCAUCAAGGACGUGCGCCUGCUCGACCUGGGCGUGCUGGUGCCCCUGUUGCGUGACCCAGGCCUCAACCUAAAGGUGGGUGCGCCAGGUGGAGGCCGCCUGCGC